CCGCGACCCAACCCGUUUUAUAUUUUAUGUUCUUAAUAGAACUCUCGUUUCACUUGUUACCUUAGAGCAAGCACUUGUGCUGCGUUAUUGUUUCUUCUCUGAAGUUGAAGGGUUUGGGCCUAUGCCAUUGACGUCGUUGAAGUCUUCUCUAUUUUCGGUGUCCAUGGCUGCAGAUUCAAGAAAACGCACAUUGGAGGCUUUGGAGAGAAGAUUUGCUGUUGCCAAAGCCGAACUUCUCCUAAAAGAAAAGAAAAACAAAAAGACCAUAGAUGAAGAUGUGAAACCACCUAUUCCUGCUGUCUCUACAUCUAAUGAUUCUUCCUUGCAUUUACGCCGUCCAUCGUCAGAAACACCCAAGAAAGGGAAUUUCAGUUUCUCUGGUCAUGCCACUUUGCAAGACAUUGAAGAAGGUGGUCCAGCAUAUGCCCAACUUUCUCUGCCUGUAAACGAAAAUCUGCUUACAACUAAUGAGGAGUUGUCUGCUGAAAGAGAAGGUUCAAUUGAUAGCAUAUUGCACGAGCUUCUUCAGAAAGGAGAUUCAGCCCAAAGGUACAUGCAAGGAUCUAGAAGCAUGAAAAUUGACAACUGGAUCCUUCUUGAUAAUUAUGUACAUGGACGUGCGCUAUCUUCUGGUUCUCAAACUAGAGCUUUGCGAAUUCAUUCAAAACGCUCUAAGAAACACAUGUCUAUGAAACAGCAUAAAAAGCAUGGAUCAUUAGAUCUUCCUCAAGAAUUUCAUAAAUUCGAUAUUUUCAAGCCAAUGCAUGAAAUGUGGAAAGAUUAUAUAAUGCAGCUUCUUAAAUCCACUGGGAAAAAUCAAUUGGCUCAAUGUCUCCUUGGUGCGGAUCUACAUGGUGCUAUUAUUUUAGUUGUGGAGUGUAAAAUAACUCAUUUUACUGGAAUUUCUGGCAUUAUGAUUCGUGAAACUGCAGAAGCAUUUGGGAUAAUUACUGAAGACAAUAAAUUCCGAGUUGUUCCCAAAAAGGUUUCUGUAUUUGUAUUCCAAGUUGAUUGUUGGAAAGUCACUCUGCACGGAGAUAAACUCGGUUCAAGAAAGGUUGCAUUAUGAUACCAGUGAUGAUCCUUCAAAUGUAGGGGAAGGCUGGUCAUGAAAAAAAUCACUAUCCACUGCUCUGGAUUUGAGGCAGAUAUUCAUUUUCGCAUGAAUGUUUCACGUUGACAUCCGGAAGCAAUUUGACCACUAACUGAAGUGGACUAUAUAACAGAAGUGAGCAUUCUGCCCUGCACUAAAAUGAUGAACAGCACUGGAAAUGUUUCUUUUUCUCAAAAGCUCAAGUUAAUUAUUUAAGUCCGACUUUUUUACUGGUGAGCCACGCCUGAAUUUGUUUGAGGGUAAAUUAGAGAAAGUCUCCGAGGAACAGCAGGGGAUAAUGUGAUGAGUUAUAUUAUAGGUACCAAAGUAAAUUUCAUUUUUUAACAACAAAUGAAGUAAUUUUAAUUUUGCUUAUAUUCACUCAAUCCAAUAAUGUGUGUAUUUUUAAGGUUGAUUAAGCUGUAGAUAAAUUGUCCACUCGUC